AAUCUGUGAUCGGCCUUCUAUUGAACAGGAGAGAGAGAGAGAGAGAGAGAAGAUGUGGCAUGAAGCUCGUAGAUCGGAGAGGAAGGUCCAUGACAUGAUGGACGCCGCUCGGAAGAGAGCUCAGAGGCGAGCGGUUUAUCUGGCAAAGAGAAGAGGCGAUCCUCAGCAAUCGAUUCAAGCCAUCGGUACUAGAUGUCGGUUGUAUCGCGACGAAGGACUCUACCAGGCCACGCAGGAUCAGCAAGGCCUGAUACCUUGGAAUGGGAAACAAGAUAUUCUAAUUGACAGAUUUGAUGGCCGUGCUCUUCUUGAUUUUAUUCGCAAUCCUGUUUCUCGACGGGCCCCUGAGAAGACAGAAGAAGAAAAAGAACUGGAAGAGUUUGUUAAUUUUGAGCGAUAUCGGGAUUUAAUUAAGCAUCGGCGUAGAGGAUUUCUGGAUGAAGAUGGUUUGCAACAUGUCAAUCAAGAAAUGGAAACAAAGGCUGUUGCUUCUAUUGGAUUUGACAGAUCUCAGCCAACUCAGGCUCCUGCAAGCAAGGGGUCAUAUUCACAGGUUGCUUUCUCUUACGAUGGUAAUGGGAAAGAAGAGACUCAUUAUGCAGAUGGUGAUGAGGAGGACGAAGAUGACGAUGACGAAGAUGAGGAAGAUUUCAACAGUGAUGAUAGCAAUGACGAUGAGACAGAGAAAAUUGCAAAAGAGUUUGGGGUUAAGAGGCAUGGUUGGCUUGUUUAUAUGGACAAAAAGGCUAAGGAGGAGGAAAGAAGACAAAAAGAAAUAGUGAAAGGAGAUCCCUCAAUUAGGAAACUUAGUCGAAAGGAAAGGCGAAAGGCUUCACAGAUUGGAAGAGAACGAGAAAAAGAAUCUGCUAGGAUAAGUGGAAAUGUGCUUCAUCAUGAUCCCUACAGGGAGUCUAGACGAAGCCCCACUUAUGAGUCUUAUUAUCGUUCUAGAAGCAGGUCAAGAUCAAAGUCCCACUCCCCAUCACACUCAAGGCGAUAUUCCCGUGUUGGACAUGAAGAUGAUAUUUACAAAAGCAAAUCAAAAGCUCCUAAAAUAGAGUAUAUAACUGAAUUUGGAGGCUCUGCUGACGGAAACGAGCCACAGCUUGAAGGAUAUUCUCCACCACCAUCUCCUCCAUCCCAGUUUGUUGGGUUGAGCCGGCCAUCGUCUGAUUACAUACUUGAUGCCCUUCAUGUUGAUCCUGCUUCUGGUGUAUCCAAUGAAAAGGAAAGAAGUGGAAAAUUGUUGAAGCCAUCGGUGAGUACUCCCUCGGCAUUAGCAAAGUUAAGCAAGCCAACCGGUAGCGCAGUCCUCUCUAAACAACAAGGAGAAAAGAAGGAAACACCUCAAGAACGGCUUAAACGAAUUAUGAGCAGACAACUUAACAAACAAAUUAAGAAAGACACUGCUGCUGAUAUGGCAAAGAAGAGAGAACAGGAGCGACAGAGGCUUGAUAAGCUUGCUGAGACAAGCCGGUUAAGUAGAUACAGGCACCGCAGCCGGAGCAGAAGCUACAGUCGAUCACCUGUGAGAUAUGGAAGAAGCAGGAGUCCUCCUCCAAGUAGAAGUCGUAUAUCUCGUGGACGAUCACGUUCUAGGUCUAGAUCCAGAUCUCGUUCUCAUUCAAAGUCACCCUCUCAUUCUCCAAGGGGUAGGAGUCGUUCUAGGCACUGAAUUCAAUAUAAAUUUACCCGAAGUUAAACUGAAGUACUUCUUAUGUUGGAGAUUUCUUUAAUUUGCUAUGUUCUUGAACCCUGGGUUAUUUCCUAAACCAUAUAAACCGAAUUUUAUUGUGAAGAUCAAAUUAGAAGCAAGCCUGGUGGCAUUGACAUAA